UCCCGGGCAGACGACGUUUCUCCCUCAAAAAAUCCGAUACUCGAGACAAAACGCUUUAUUAUUUAACAAUAAUUCAAAUAUCGAAGUAUAAUUACUAAUGAGAAUGCGUCCUAAUGUGUAUUGUCGCGCUGUCAAUUUUAAAAUUGGAACGAUAAUAAUUUUUUCUUAACCUCUGUGAAUGAACGAGCAUUAUUAAGCCCCGUGUGUGAUUUUUACUACCCGUGCGAAUGCUGUAACUUGACAGUUGUUUUAUGAUAUUCUUUUAUGACUAUACCAGUGGGAAGUGCUCAAGUAUGUAUUUUAAAUCAAAAAUUAUAUAAAUAAUCGAUUCGCUGAACAACGACGGAAUAAAAAUGAAGAUAUACAACUAGAAACACUGAAUUUUCUUUAUAUUGAUAAUGGGUAUAUGACUAGAGAAGAAAUCGAUCAGGAAAAUGACAAACGUUAAAUUAAAACUAAUGUUCUACCUCCUCAACUCACUUUUAUCUGCAGACUUAGUGCAUUCACGCCCCUACUCCAACUUUAGUACAACGGAUAUUAUCAUGAACUUUUCUAAUAAUAGUAGUACCUUUAAUAUUCCCGUAGAUUCUAAUUCUGACACGCUCAUUGUUGCGAGCGAGGAAGAAACACCAGAAGAAACUAAUAAGAGUUCCAAUACACAAAUGGAAGCUAUAGUUAAUGCUGAACAAGAUAGGGACGAGGCGUUUUCCGAAAACAAUAACCAAGACCAAGCUAGUAUAUUAGAAAUAUCAAAAAACGAAGCGGAAGCAUUCGAGAAACAAUUGAACAUAUCAAGUCCUUUGUUAGACGAGAUGAUAAAUUCCGAAUCAGAUAGAGAAGGAACAUUAACCGACAUACUCUUUAGACCUGAUUCUGAAUUUGUUGAAGAUACACCAAGAUUCGAGUUCUUAAUUGCCGCUAAGAUUAAUGGCAGUGAUGGUAAUGAUACUAAAGAAAUUGUCUUUAGUGAUAAUAAUUUAGAUAAAAGAAAUCGUAACGUAAGUGAUGUUCUACGAAAAGUGGAUUACGUUGAAUUAGUAGAAGUGAUCAAGCCUUCGAAUAUAAAUGAAAAUAAGAGUGCGUACAAUUUAGCGAAUAUCACAGCGCACAAUGUAGACAACGACGUAGCCCCGGACACAAUUUUGUCUAUGUUUUCAGGUUACACUGACGUUCAGACACUUUUCCUGGCCUGCUUCGCGACGCUGCUGCCGCUUCUAAUGGUGCUCUUCGCAACGCUUCUUGUCAGGUGUAUGCUGAGACGCUGGUGCCCAACUUGGUGUAAGAAACCUACUGAUUCAUCGAUUUCUGAUAGCAGCGAGAAGCAUGAUAAUAACCACCAACAGCUGAAGUCUUCGGAUGAAGGUGGUACUGAUGUGGAGACGCCUCCAGCCAACGGAUCCAUCUUCACCAUGACCCUUAAAAAUAAUCAUCUUAUUGUUGAAACGGAGGAGAGAAAUGAUAUAACUAAAAACGGUCGUGAGACGAAAAUGAAAUACUCUCCUGAUAACGAUGGUAUAUUUGUAGUUGAAGUCCAACAAUCAACUACUUACAGAUCCCAUAAAUCAAUCCACAAUUCCCCACCACACGACCCGCAAAUAUCGACCAAUCAAGCACUUAUUCAUCGCGUCCCUGAGGAUUUGGAAAGGAAGGUUAUCAUUGAAGAGGACAGUGAACGAAGUAGCGGAAAGUUUGAACGUCAGGCUCUGGCCUUAUCGAGUACAGGCUUAUCAAUAUCUGACCUCAGCAUGUCUUCAAUUGGUUCACACAAUAUCAGCUAUUCGUACAGCAGCCAGAUGGGAUACGAUCAAGGCCCAUUCGGCUACCCAGUUUAUGCUGGAUACGAUACUUCUAAAGAUGAUCUUGCUGAUGCUAUAGUGCAUGACAAUUCUCAAGAACCACUUAUAGGUAAAACACCAACAGAUCCCGAUAAGCCUGUAGUUACUGCAGCUAUAUUUAAACAAGAUUCCAUAAUUGGUAAUGACAUGUUGCAAGGUCCUGGAUAUAGUAUCGAAGGGUCAACUGAUGGUCCUUUACUAUCUGAUGUGCAGGCCAGAGAAUUUAGCUUACAGCACUUGCACGAUAUGAGGGAGAAGAAAUUAGAAAACGGUGUUGCCAUACCCAUAUCUGAUAAAGUUGAUAAUAAAAUUAAAACAUUUAAUAGGGUCGAUAGUUUGCCCGUUACUAUACAAGACGAAACAGAAGCAAAAGUCAUGGAGACGAUAGUUGAAGAUUUUUCAAAGGAAGUAAUAAAAGGUGUGAGCAGUUUCGACAACCCUCCCAUGAUCACCAUCACGGAGGAGAGUGAGUCGGCAAAGUCUGAUAGCACCAGUUAAUUCUAUCUCAAUUUUAUUGUAAAUAGACGUAAGUAAUGUGAUUUGAAGAUUCGGAUAGUUAGUAUUUUGUAGGGUUUUAUGUGCGGUGCCAGUAACUGAUUUUGAUUAUAUAUAUUUUAAAGAAAUUUUAUAUAUUAUU